AAAUCAGACUCGGCUUUUCACUUUGUGAGGUUAUUUUGUUUAAAAUAUGAAAAUAAACAGAUUACUGAAGGGAAAUACAUAAACAAUAAGACAACCAAGUACUUACAUUGAAAACUAUCAACAAAACUACUUUCAAGCGAGAAGAACAAAACAGGAAAGGAACAUGUAUUCAAGAAUUCAAAACUGUAGAUGGACAAGCUUACAUAAACACCUGCUAACUUCUAGUCAAAGAACCUAUGCCAGUGGAAUACUAAAAAAGAAAGAAAAUGUCUCAACUUAUUUCCAGCCAGGUAAAAUUUACCAUGGAUUCCUAUGUUCUGAGGUUGAGCCCAUUAAAGAGUUUAGUAUGACUGCAUACUUCCUGAUACAUGAAAAAACGAAGACUGAGUACCUACAUUUAGAAAGAGAUGAUUCAAAUAAUGUUUUUUCCAUUGGGUUCCGAACAACCCCACUGGAUUCAAUGGGCACACCACAUAUCUUGGAGCAUACAGUUUUAUGUGGAUCAGAGAAGUAUCCAGUAAGAGAUCCAUUCUUUAAAAUGUUAAAUCGAUCUCUAGCAACAUUUAUGAAUGCUUUGACUGGCCCAGAUUAUACAUUUUACCCAUUCUCUUCACAAAACGAAAUUGAUUAUAGGAAUCUUCAGAAGGUUUACUUGGAUGCAGUAUUUAAACCCAAUUUAUCUAGAUUAGACUUUUUGCAAGAAGGUUGGAGGUUAGAGCAUUCUAAAUUGGAGGAUAAAACUUCUGAUUUGGUAUUCAAAGGUGUGGUUUAUAAUGAAAUGAAAGGGGCAUUUUCUGAAACAAGCUCACUAUUUGGACAAAAAUUCAUAAACACAAUACUACCAAAAGGUACUUAUGGCUACAUCUCUGGUGGUGAUCCUUUAUGCAUCCCAGAACUUACACAUGAGCAUUUAAGAAAUUUCCAUGCCACAUAUUACCACCCUAGUAAUGCUAGAAUUUAUUCUUAUGGUAAUUUUCCUCUUGAACAAAAUCUUAAAUUCUUAAACGAGACAUAUUUGAGUAAGUAUGAGUUUUUAGAUCCCAAAAGUACAGUUGUAGCACCACAGGAAAGGUGGAAGUAUGAAAAAAAAACAAAUAUACAUUGUAGAGUUGACCAGUAUGGAGGAUCAGUUGAAAAACAGAAUCAAAUAGCAUUCGGAUAUGUCCUGUCAGACAUAACAAAUAUUUAUGAAACAUUUAUGUUAACUGCUUUUGUGGAAUUAAUGAUUAUUGGUCCUAAUUCAGCUUUCUACAAAAGUCUAAUUGAAAAGAAUAUAUCUGGUGGUUACAAUUCUUUAACAGGAUAUGAUAAUCAAAUUAGGGACACUUUGUUUGUCAUUGGCUUAAGAGAUGUUGAAAAAAAUAAGUUUGAUAUGAUUGAAAAGACAGUCAAUCAGACAAUUGAUAAUAUAUUUUCUAAAGGGUUUGAGAAAAAUCAUAUAGAAAGUGUUUUACAUGGGUUUGAGCUUUCUAUAAAACACCAGAGUCCAAAAUUCGGAUUGCAUUUACUAUUUAGUUUGAUGCCUCUAUGGAACCAUAAUGGGCCAAUAUUAAGUUCUCUGAAAGUUAAUGAAUUAUUGGACAAGUUGAAAGAUAAUCUAAUGAAACCACAAUAUGUGAAAGAUGUAAUAGAGAAAUACUUUAUCUUGAACAAUCAUAAACUUGUAAUGACUAUGGUACCUGAUCCAAAAUUUGAUGAUGUAUUUAACGAUGCAGAAGCAAAACUACUUAAAUCUAAAGUAAAAGAGUUAAGUCCAAAAGAAAAAGAUGAAAUAUUUGAAGAAGGUCUACAACUUUCUAAAGUGCAGAAAGAGGUGCAAAACCUAGAUGUACUACCCUGUUUGAAGAUAGAAGAGAUUACUUUAAACAAAACUGCACCUCCUUUGAAACAUACUAUAUCAGGAACUGUACCUUUACAAUUAUGUGAAGCGAAUACCAAUGGAGUAACAUAUUUCAAAGGAGUUUUAGGUACAGAUUGUUUAAUCGAUCAACAUAGAUUGUUGCUACCAUUUUUUACCAACAUACUGGAUAAAUUCGAUACGAGAAACUAUAAUUAUAGGGACUUUGACAAAUAUGUCAGUAAAUCUACAUCAGGAAUAUCAGUUAUUUCACAUAUAACUGAACAUAUAGAUUUAAAAGAUCAAUUUGAACAAGCAAUUUUAGUGAGCAGUCAUUGUUUAGAUGAAAAUUUGCCGAAAAUGCUUGAUAUAUUGACAGAAAUAUUCAAUAGACCAGACUUUUCUAAUAGUGAAAGAAUGACUAUGCUACUUAAUAACUAUUGUUCUUCUCUAACUAGUGGAAUAAUAGAUAGUGGUCAUACAUUCGCAAUGCAAGCGGCAAGAUCGCUGGUCUCAUCAGUGGAUGAAUGUAAAGAGAAUCUAUCUGGCAUCAAACAUAUAAUGAAUAUGCAAGAAAUCCAAAAUAAAUACAAAAUAGAGGACAUACAAUCAAGCGUUGAUGUAAUUUCCAAAAAUAUUUUAAAAGGCAACAAUCUGAGAGCUGCAUUCCAUUACUCUAACACUAAUCAAAAUGUGCUUGAAUUUGUAGACAAAUUUUGUACGAAUUUAUGUGAUAAUGACGUUCAAGAUGUUAAUAGAAUCAAUUGGGUAGAUUGCAAAAGUCCAAAUAAAGAUAAUCGUGGUUUACACAUAUCUAUGAAUAUUCCAGUGAAUUUCUGCGCGAAAGUUAUUCCUACUGUACCUUAUACUGAUCCAGAUUAUCCCAAACUGCGUGUUCUAUCCCGAUUUAUAACCUCAAAAUAUCUUCAUCCAAUAGUUAGAGAACAGAACGGAGCGUACGGCGGUGGAGCUAUGUUGACCAUUGAUGGAAUUUUCAAUUAUUAUUCCUACAGAGAUCCGAAUACUCGCAUAACUAUGGAUGUUUUCGACGAAACAACUGAUUGGAUGUCUAAAAACAAAGACUUGGUGGAUGACCAAAAUUUAUUUGAAGCCAAAUUGUCUAUUUUGCAACAAAUGGACCAGCCAAUCGCGGAACACAUGAAGGGAGUUGAUAUGUUCCUCUAUGGAUUGUCUUAUGAUAUUUGGCAAACUCAACGAGAGCGUGUGCUGGCGGUCAAAAAGGAGGAUUUAAUCGAAGUUUGCCAUAAAUAUUUAAAAAUGGAAAGUUGGUCAGGGAAGUGUGUGAUUGGUGCGGAUGCGUCGCACCAAAUUAGGAAAGAUAACGAGAUUUGGGAGACCAUUAGUGGACCGCAGCAGUGAUCUCGACGACGAUUGUUGAGCAAAGCUUUUACAUAGCUUUCUACGCAACUAUUAAUGGGUUAUGAGCUCUUAAUUACAAGCGAAAAUCUCAAUAGAAUAUUAAACAUAUUAUGGUAUUGUUUGCACGCCAUGACAAGUCUGUCAUAACAUGGCGGAAAUUUUGUCAAAUAUUUUUUCGUUCUGCGUGUCAUAAACUAUACGACGUCAUGGCGGACAUGAAAAUAUUUUAAUGUACUGUCUUUCAAUGUAGACUUUUAUUUCAUGCAUUUAAAUUGCGCCAUUUUAAUAUUAAAACUAUAAUGGGUUAAUUAUGGCGGAACUUGUUAUUAAUCUUGUUUUAAGUAGACAAGCAUUUAAUGUUUAAUGUAAUAUCGAAAACAAAGAUUUAAAUUGUAGAUAUGCCGCCUUUUUUCGUGACCUUAUGUAUUGACCUUUACGAGUCAACAGUGUUUCAAUUUAGUUCUCAUAUAUGGAAAUGUCAAAAAGUAUACAUACAAAUAUGAAUCGUUUGUCACAAAAACUGAACAAAAAUUGAACUUAUGUUGAACAAUUAUGAGUAUUAUAUAAUAGAAUUGAAGAUUAAAUUGGCGUAUUAUCGUGGAAUUGUGAUUUAUUGUAUCCUAUCCUGAUAGACAUAAUAUAUGCAGUUGAAAUCUUUGCUUGAAAUACAUAAAAUAUAACUUAAUAAAUGUAUUAUUUAUUCCAGAGUAUGUAAUUGAGACUGUUAAUAAAUAUUCUUUAGUAAACA